GAGAUUAACAUGAAUCGGUUGGGCAUGAGCAGGCCGGAGGAGAAAGCACGGUACGUGUCUACCGAAACUGAUACUGAUAUGGCCUCUCAGCCGCAAUCCGACCCACCGCCUGCCCCAUCCCCACCUGCAGUGCCCUCUGCACCACCGCCGGAGCCUUCCUCCACAUCCCGACCACCAGUCUCCUUCCCCGCCUCCGUGACCGCACCCGCAGCGCCCCCAUCCCUGACGCCCACAGACGCAAUACACAUGCUCACCGCGCUCAACGCGCAGAUCCUCCAGACAGCCUCGCAGCUCGCCGAGGCCUGCCGCACCGUCCCAGGCUUCCUACCACCCAUCGCACGCACGGGCACGCUCGCGCUCGCCUCGCCCUCAUGCGCAUACAAGCCCGACGACUACCCGUGCCCGCUCGACAUGGCCACCUACGCCAUCCUCCUCCAGGACGCGGCGGAGCGCGUGCACGAUAUCGCCGGGGAGCGCAUGGCGCUCGUGCUCGACCAGAUGCGCGAGCGCGUCACGGGCCUCCGCCUCGUCGAGGUCCGGCGGAAGGGACAGCUGACGCUCAAGGUGGAGGACCUGGCUGGUGCGGGUGCGGGCGCGUAUAAGAGGGAGAGCGAGGACGUGCGCCGGGUGCACCCGCUUGACCCGACGCUACUGCAGCUCGCGCUGCAGACGUGCAUGGUCGUACACUGUGCGCGGGCGAUUCGGCGCUGGAUGAGCGGCGCGGACGUGUGGGAGGAUCGGGAGGACAUGCUCGACAGGCUCUGGGACCGCUUCCGGGAAACAGGCGAGUGUGAGUGUCUUCGGUCGAGCGGUAUCGCGCGAUAACGUGCUGAUUGCGUCUCGUAGAACCACCCUCGGUCUCCCACCCCUGGCACGUCCUCACGACGCAGCACCUCCAGGAGCUCUCCUCCUCGUGCAGCGCUCUGCCCUAUUCGUACGGGACGCCCACGCUCUCGCCCGCACACACCCCGUCGCACCUCCUCG